UCACUAAAUAUUCUCUCUUUUCUGUGCCCGUGAACAAUGGCAUUUAAUGACAUACCCGUCGAUACUUUAAAAAUAAAUAGAUGAACUUAAGCGCUUUCUCUCCAUAUCAUUAAGUAUCUCAAAUGCGCACACUGGACUUUUACACGCGUGAUGUUUGGAGCACGUUUAUGUGUGUGAGUCCUGAUGACGUGCUGUGUGCUAUCAUAAGACCGCAUGAGGGCGAUAGAAGCAAUGCCUCAAUGAAGUUGGUGGACAUAUCAGCCCUGCUGAGGGCAGCGAAAGCCCACUGUUUACCAGCUCUGGGGGUCUGUAUGCAGCUGGAAGAUCUGAUGCAGAAUCUGAGACUGAUGACUGGAGACACUACAGCAGGGUGUGUUGAUGGUGUGUGUGGUUUCCCUGUGAGUCAGUAUCUGAAGGCUCAGGCAUGUUUCUGUGGUCGAAAUGCCAGGAUGUCAGCAUGUCUUGCUCUGGAGAGAGUGUCUGCUGGAGAAGGGAUAAAUCAUGACUAACCAGAGUGGACAGCAUAUCUACAGCUAAAAUAAAUAAAAGAGGGGACAAUGGGCAUCCCUGCCUUAUUCCACAGCCAAUCUGAAAUCUUUGUGUAGUACCAAAAGGGAGAGAAACGGAACUAUUCAUGUCUCUGUAAAGCAUUGGAGUAGGAUCUGUGCAUUCAGCACCAUUAAUCAUUAGUGAAAGUUACUUUUUUCUAAUCUGCAAAUGUAAGAAGUAUUUUUACCCUCUUCUAUCUAUUUAGCUUUAGAACAUAUAUAUGCACCUUUAGCUUUCUUAAUGUAAAGAUUGUCCAGUUCCAUUUGUAGAGAGACCAUUUUGCUUUUUUCCA